AUGAGGUUGUAUUCUGGGUGUGCUGAAUUCGUGUCCAUAUCUCGCGGAGUUGAAGGAGAUCGGGCGGAAGGAUGGCGACGGAAAGGCGGUCGCGUUCUCACGAUGCGAACCGUCUUCGCCGAUCUAGGGUCUGGAAGAAGUCUCUGCCUUGGCGGGCGCCGGCAUUAUUACAGGAAAAACUGCGCGCAUAUUGUUCUUACACUACGCCGCGGGGGGCCUUUGCCGCCGCGGCCAAGGUGCAGGCGGAGCAGCGGCGCUGCCCAAGCCUGGCCACGAAGCCGCCGGCGCAAAGCAACGGCGCCGCGGCCAGUGCCAC